UAACAGUCGAUAGUAUUUCAUACCAUAGUGUAUGAUCCUGCUGUGAGUAACAGUCAAAUCGUGAAUUAAUGAUUCAGCGACAUCAAGGCAAUAUUUACCUUUCUCCGUAUUUGUAUAAGAACAUCUCUACUCUGUCAAAGGUAACCGACCUUCACUACAACUUUCUACCUUCUCAUUCCGGCCCAAGGAAGUCUUCGGCCGGAAAUUCGGGAUUCGGGAUUUAUUGUAGUGUGAAGCUAAUUUUUCCGAUUAUGUAGACAACACAUGAAUGCAGCAGGGUAAUGUUCGGAAAUGCAAUGGGGGAGAAACCGGAUAUGGAGUCUUCUCGAAUAUUUACCUUAAAGUCUGAUAUUUACCGAUCAAACUUCGUGAAAGACAAAAAAAACUUCGACCUAACAUCCGUUAAAUCUCUGUUCCGCUGUGUUUUCAUAAAUUAACAGGAUUGAAUUCAUCGAGUCGUCCGUUUAAACCGUUUAAAGAGACUAAAUCAACAGCCGUUACUUUGAAUGGUUACCACGGAAACUCCUCGACCAAUCAAAGAGCGGGAUGUUGAAGACGGACCAAUCAGUGGACUCGUUCGGAAAAUCCAAACAGCCGUCUGCUCCAGAGACAAAAGUCGAGAUUUGUUUUGGUGACAAAGAAGAUUCAGAAGCUGGUCUGAGGUCUGAGCUGACCCUGUUGGAGGUCUGAGGUCUGAGCUGACCCUGUUGGUGGUCUGAGGUCUGAGCUGACCCUGUUGGUGGUCUGAGGUCUGAGCUGACCCUGUUGGAGGUCUGAGGUCUGAGCUGACCCUGUUGGUGGUCUGAGGUCUGAGCUGACCCUGUUGGAGGUCUGAGCUGACCCUGUUGGUGGUCUGAGGUCUGAGCUGACCCUGUUGGAGGUCUGAGGUCUGAGCUGACCCUGUUGGUGGUCUGAGGUCUGAGCUGACCCUGUUGGUGGUCUGAGGUCUGAGCUGACCCUGUUGGUGGUCUGAGCUGACCCUGUUGGAGGUCUGAGCUGACCCUGUUGGAGGUCUGAGGUCUGAGCUGACCCUGUUGGUGGUCUGAGGUCUGAGCUGACCCUGUUGGUGGUCUGAGGUCUGAGCUGACCCUGUUGGAGGUCUGAGCUGACCCUGUUGGUGGUCUGAGGUCUGAGCUGACCCUGUUGGUGGUCUGAGGUCUGAGCUGACCCUGUUGGAGGUCUGAGGUCUGAGCUGACCCUGUUGGUGGUCUGAGGUCUGAGCUGACCCUGUUGGUGGUCUGAGGUCUGAGCUGACCCUGUUGGAGGUCUGAGGUCUGAGCUGACCCUGUUGGUGGUCUGAGGUCUGAGCUGACCCUGUUGGAGGUCUGAGCUGACCCUGUUGGUGGUCUGAGGUCUGAGCUGACCCUGUUGGUGGUCUGAGGUCUGAGCUGACCCUGUUGGUGGUCUGAGGUCUGAGCUGACCCUGUUGGUGGUCUGAGCUGACCCUGUUGGAGGUCUGAGCUGACCCUGUUGGAGGUCUGAGGUCUGAGCUGACCCUGUUGGUGGUCUGAGGUCUGAGCUGACCCUGUUGGUGGUCUGAGGUCUGAGCUGACCCUGUUGGUGGUCUGAGGUCUGAGCUGACCCUGUUGGAGGUCUGAGCUGACCCUGUUGGUGGUCUGAGGUCUGAGCUGACCCUGUUGGUGGUCUGAGGUCUGAGCUGACCCUGUUGGAGGUCUGAGGUCUGAGCUGACCCUGUUGGUGGUCUGAGGUCUGAGUUGACCCUGUUGGAGGUCUGAGGUCUGAGCUGACCCUGUUGGAGGUCUGAGCUGACCCUGUUGGUGGUCUGAGGUCUGAGCUGACCCUGUUGGUGGUCUGAGGUCUGAGCUGACCCUGUUGGAGGUCUGAGGUCUGAGCUGACCCUGUUGGUGGUCUGAGGUCUGAGCUGACCCUGUUGGUGGUCUGAGGUCUGAGCUGACCCUGUUGGUGGUCUGAGCUGACCCUGUUGGUGGUCUGAGGUCUGAGCUGACCCUGUUGGAGGUCUGAGGUCUGAGCUGACCCUGUUGGCGGUCUGAGGUCUGAGCUGACCCUGUUGGAGGUCUGAGCUGACCCUGUUGGUGGUCUGAGGUCUGAGCUGACCCUGUUGGUGGUCUGAGCUGACCCUGUUGGUGGUCUGAGGUCUGAGCUGACCCUGUUGGAGGUCUGAGGUCUGAGCUGACCCUGUUGGAGGUCUGAGGUCUGAGCUGACCCUGUUGGAGGUCUGAGGUCUGAGCUGACCCUGUUGGCGGUCUGAGUGGGGAUGAAGACCCGGAGUCACAGUCGCCGGUCCACGUCCACGUACCGGAGACCACACCAGUCCAUGUUCACAUGAGGAGGAGUCCCAGCAGAACCCCACAGAGGACUACAGAUGCUCAGGUGAAGGGAGAGGAAGGGAGGUCAAAGGUCAAGACGCCGUGGAUUCCUCCAGGAAGACUCACCUGCAGAAGAGAGAUAAGCAGAGUUCAGCAUCAAUCAGAGAGAGGAGCCAGACAUCAGCGCGAUGCAGAGGAGGAAGAAGAAGAGUUAGCUGCUGUUUCCAAAAAUCUCAGCGCCCUCCUCCGAGAGCAAGAAGGCCUUCGUCGUUCAAACAACUCGGAUGUCAGGGCUCAACAAACCAGAGAGUCUGCUGCGCUCCUGAGGGCGCUCGUAGAGGCAGAAAUCGACGGCGUAGCUGUGGCCAAUCAGCUGACAGCUCUGAAGGAAACCAUAGACGGCCUGGCUAAGGACAAGCGUCUGUCAAAGCUGCACGCGGCGUCGCUGAGACGGCAGCAGCAGCUGUUGUUGGAGAAGAUCGCCAUGUUUGACAGCACCAAUCACGGCCUGCGAGAGCUCCUCAGAGAUUGGACGGAAUACGAGAGAGAAUCUCUGAUUUGGUUGGAACAGAAAGACGCCAUAAAGACGAGACUGGCCGACAGUGAAGCAGAAAACAUCCGACUUUUAACCAAACUCACCAACAAAGAGAGAGAGGCGUGCACGCGCGAGCAUCUGGACUUUGAAAAGGACAAAGUGGAGACGACGGAGGAGCUGUCACGCGUCCUGCACUCGACCCGGGAGCGUCUGCAGUCCGAGCUGAGCAGAGCGGACGCUGAGAAGAGCCGCCUGACCGCUCACAUUCAGAGGAUGCUGCAGAGCCAGGAGGAGCAGCAGGAGGCGCUUGGAGCUCUGCAGGAGGAGCUGCAGACGCUGAGGCAGCGCAGAGCGGACGAGAAGAAGGAGCGGGGACUGAAGGAGCAGGAGGCGCUGGCUCUGCUGACCGAGCAGGCCGAGCGAGCCGAGGAGACGGCCAGGCAGCUCACAGCCAAACUGCAGGAGAAGGAAUCCCAGUUGGCCCAGUCUCUGUCCACGUCCAGCGACUGGUGCCUCCGACACUCCAAAGAGGCCGCCGCCAAAGGAGCGCUGGAGGAGGAGCUGUCUGCGUUCAAGUUUCAGGUGACCGAGCUGACCUCCAAGAUGACCUCGAUGGAGGAGAGGAGUCGGACGGAGAGGGACGAGCUCCGGGAUCAGAUCCAACAUCUGGGCUCUGAAAACACGUCCACUCAGCUGGACAACCAGAGACUCAAGGAUCAGCUGAGGUCGUCUGAGGAGAAGAUCGGGGGUCUGCAGUCUGAAGCGCGGCGGCUGAAAUCUGCCAUCAAAAAACAUGAAAGCCUGGUGGAGAAAUACAAGAAGAAGGUGCAGCAGGCUCGCCUGGAGGCGGAGGAGCACCGCCUGAAGCUGGAGGCGACGCAGAAGGAGGCGCGGGAGCUGAAGGUGAGCCUGGAGAGGGAGAUGGAGCAGCUGAGGAGGGAGCUGCUGGUCCGGCUCCGGGAGCUCGAGGCGCUGCCCGACAGGCUGAGGAGGAGCGAGCAGCAGCUCCGAGACGCCCAGCAGGAGGCCGACGCCCACCAGAGGAGGAACGUGGAGCACAGCUCGGCCCUGUCUGAAGUCAGACACAAGGUGGAGCAGCAGGGCGCUCAGCUGGAGACGUUUCAGCAGAAGAACGUGCUGCUGCAGGAAGAGAACAACGUCCUCAAAGAGACCGUCCACAACUUAGAGAGGCGGCUGGAGGACCUGAAGGUGGAAAACAACGCGAUGUCUCAGUCUCUCUCGUCAAAGGAAGCCGGCGUCCGCAGCGUUCAGCAGCAGCUGGAGGAGAAGACGCUCGAGUGCAGCGUCGUGUCCCGUCAGCUGCAACAAGCUCUGGAUGACGCACAGAGACAGGUUGACGAGAGCAUUCAGAGAGUUCUGACCAAAGAGCGAGCGUCUCAGUCCAAAGCGUUGGACCUGCAGAGCCAGCUGAGCCGAGCCAAGACGGAGCAGAGUCAGCUGCAGAGGAGCAAGGAGGAGAUGGAGCGUCGUUUUAAGACUCAGCUGCAGAACAUGAAGGAACGACUGGAGCAGUCCGACUCGACAAACCGAAGUCUGCAGAAUUAUGUUCAGUUUCUUAAAACCUCGUAUGGAAACGUCUUUGGAGAGUCUUUGCUCACCAGCUGACCGUACACUCUCCAACAUGAGAAACAUUCAUACAUUCAAAGCAAUGAAGUCGACCCACGUCGUGUUUUUAAAUACCUCUGCUCGUCACUGAAUGAAUAAAAUCCUUUUAAAAGAAAUGAUGACUAAUUUGUUGCAUGAAAUGUAUUUAUAUUGUUUUGAAUAAAUCUCUUUCCUGCGCCA